ACUGCUGGGAACAGCUUCUAUUAAAACUUCUUUCUACUGAGAAAACUGUCCCUAUGAAAAUGCUUGACUGUGUGUUCUGUGAAUUCUCUGAGAGGAACUGGGACACCGUUUCUGAAAAGAGAUGUUGCUUUUGUUUUUUAAUGUAACUUUUGACUAGAAAUGUAUUGUUCAGUGCCCUUGUUAAAUAAACAAUAAAAGGCAAUGGAGUCAUAGUACAUAAAACAUUCUUGAAGUAACAAAGCAGUGACAGCACUCUCUCACUUUCUCUGUCACAGAAACACUUAACUUCAUUUCUCCAUGUCAGUAUCAGGAUGCAUCACAGGACAGCUUAGCAGGGAUUUGUCCAGACACAAUCAGCCUAUGUGAACAGCCUUGUCCUGGAUGCUGUCCUAUUCACUUGGUUUCCCAUUCUUCUCAUGCAUGGCUCACUAAUCCAGGCAAAACCUAUUAAGUAGCACUCCAGCAGACAGGAAGAGAUAGAUUGACAGUUUGUAUUUAAAUGAGCAUGUAUGUCGCUGGGCAUUUCACUGUGAGAAGUCAUGUAAAUUAGGAUCUAAACAUUGUGCACAAUGGAUGAGGGGGGUUUGCCUGCACAUGUUUCAUUUUACAGCUCAUGGGGAGAAAAACAAACUCUCAUAGAGGAGAAAAUACACCAAGUGAACCAGGACAUUUAUUUUAGGGAGAGAGAAUGGGGCCUUCUCAUUCAAUUUUCAGUGAAACCACUAGAGGGUGACAAACUAUAUGACUAUGCAACAGCGUGUGGCAACCAGAGAAGAACCUUAUGUAUGCAAUCUCUAGCAGGUGAAGGAGGUUCUGUGUAUUACUGCAAAAGCUGCAAAUUCACGUGAGUCAGCUUGGAGCCAACAGUCUGCCAGAAGUUAAGGACCGGCUCUUUGACCUCCCUGCCCCCCUCUCUCUGCUCUCCUGUCCGAACGUGGAACGCCGAUCUUUCUCCCCCUCCAGGGCUGAUCAGCAUGACAAAGCACUGGCCGGAGCAGAGCCUCUUGGCACCACCCGCUCUGUCCCACCUCGGAGAACACCACGACCAUCAACUUGACUUCCACGGAAAUGCGCAGCAGAGUUUUCCGAGCAGCGGCGUAACGCGGAACUCUCCGGCCCAACACUGGUCUCACUACCCGGCUCCGAUGGUUCCCCAGCAGCCGCCGCGCCUGGAGAAGCCCGCAGCGCGCCCCGAGCAUCCCACCAGUGCCGCAGCAUUCAUGGAUAAAACUGUGCCACCGGGUUCAGCAUACCCGAAUGGUCAAGAUGCCCACUUCAAACAGGAAAGUAUUACCCGGGAGUCGUGGAACCCUGAAAGGAAAAAGAGCAGCACCGGCGAUGGGAAGAAAAAGAACUAUCAGCGGUAUCCAAAACCACCGUACUCAUACCUCGCUAUGAUCGCUAUGGUCAUCCAGAGGUCCCCAGAGAAGAAACUGACAUUAUCUGAGAUCCUCAAGGAGAUCAGUGCCCUCUUCCCAUUUUUCAAAGGAAACUACAAGGGCUGGAGGGAUUCAGUGCGGCACAACCUCUCCUCUUACGACUGCUUUGUCAAGGUGCUGAAGGACCCAGGUAAGCCCCAGGGCAAAGGCAAUUUCUGGGCGGUGGAGCUGAGCCGUGUCCCCCUAGAGCUCCUCAAGAGGCAGAACACGGCAGUGUCGCGCCAGGAUGAGACAAUCUUUGCCCAGGAUCUGGCCCCCUACAUCCUACAGGGACACAAGCCAGAAUCAGAGCUGCCCUCUGACCCCCUGACCUCCCUCCCUCCCACCCGCUCAGGGAACCCCUCCCCACCACAGGAGGACCUGUUCCGGCCCAAACUGGACUCUUCCUUCGCCAUCGACUCCCUCCUGCACAGCCUACGGCCGACCAGUGCUUCGGGGGAUGUGGAUGUGACUACCAGGGACUGCUGGGGUGAGGUGGAACACCCUCGGCCUUCUCCUCCCCCGCGGCCUCGCUAUGCGUCCUCUGCCCGUAGUGCCUCCGCCAGCUCUGCUAGCCCGGCUUCCACCUCUUCCUCCUCCUCUGAUGAAGAGUGGAAAGGAGUGUCCCUGUCAGGGAAGCGCAUUCCUCCAGAUGGUGAAGCGGGGUCAGACGGUUAUGAGGACUACAGGCCGCCGCUGCACAAAUCAGCCAGACGGGAGACUGUUGCACCUCCGUGGGAGCUCCCCACAUCCUAUGCCAAAUAUGCCCCCCCCAACGCUGUUGCCCCACCUAGCAUGCGAUUCAACGGAGGUCCCCUAAUGCCCCUGCAUGGUGGACUCCCUCUUUACGGCUACGGGAGCUCUCCUGUAGCACCUGGUCACUUCUUAGGUCACGCAUAUUGGCCCAUCCUCCCCAGCGGGCGAGUUUCAGUCCAAGCCCCUCCCCUCAUCAUGGAUCUGGACAACAUGUUGCAAUCUGUGCCUCCAAAUAAGAGUGUGUUUGAUGUCCUAGUACCAACCAAUCAGAACUCUCACUCACAUCAUCAACCACCCGGUCAGUACGCCCUGCAGAAUGGGCCUCCCCUAAACAGGUACCCCCAGUACUGACUGAACUGCUGCCACUCAAACUGAGCCAUACUGUCAGCUCCAACACGCACAAACACUACGAUGCAGGGGGGGUGAAGUUAAAUCAAGACCCACAUAGGAAAUACAUGUCUGCUGCAACUCUUCCCAACUCAAGUCUUAAUCAUUUCCUCUGGCUCAGGCGUUGCUGUCUAAUCAUGUGUGUAGCCAGAUGAAAAGCCAGCGUUUAGAUUUUUUAAAGAAAGACCUUCUUCGUCUGUUUAUUACACAAUUUCACUCGCAGCAAAACUACCUCAAACAGCUACACAACAAAACAUAUCUACCUCAGUCUGUCAGUGAAAUAGAGCUCUUUGCACUGCCAAUGUUAUUUGCACUGUUUUUUAUUGGAAUGAAUUUGCUUUCUUACAUGACUUGCUUUUGAAUGUUGUCUAUCUAUUGUGACUGCUGAAUGUAUUGUUGGAUUUUAUCUGGAAUUUUAAAGUCAUGCAAAAUACUAACAACGAUGGGCUGGGCAGUAGAUGGUACAUGCAGUAAAUAUGAGAUACAAAGUGUUUAAUGCAGUGUUUGAUUACUUUACAGUUCACCCAGCCAGCAUUUUAAACAGAAUAUAGGUUGGUAAAGUGGCAUAAUAUCAGUCACAGUGUGUACACACAAAUUUGUGUUUAAUUUGAGUAACAUUUGUCCAGAUGCUUAAUGAUACAGAACAAGUUUUUUUACUGUGAUGCUUUUCUUGUCUUAAAUUUCAGUGAGUGAGGACAUUUUGCAUUGGUCCUGUAAUUUAAUUGGAUUUUUCAUUUUGGUGUUAGCUAAGGUUUUCUGUUGCUGUAUUUGAGGAUUUGUCAGGUUUAGCAUAGAAUCUGUUCUCAACAUGUAAAAAUGCUGCAUGUUCUCAUGACACUGGAGACAAUCUGCUACUGCACAACUACCAGUAUCUACCUCAGACUGGGACAUGUUUCCUGUGGACUUUGCACUGCCGGUUAUUUGCACUAUUUUAAUGUCAUAAUGACCAUCUUCCAAAGGAAAUUGCUCCUGAAUGUCUGCCUACCUCGACAGGUGAAUGUUUUGUUAGUUCCUUGCCAUUUUUCCUGUAGUCUUGUUAAAGGUUUGUACAGUGCUGAGCUGAGGUGGAAGGUCGUCUCAGAGGUUUAAGUAUCAAAAGAAUGUCAUGGAGUUAACAGGGUAUGUAAUAAAAUGCUGUUUAUUUUAACUGUGCUGCACAGCUCUUUUUAUGGUGUGUAUGUACAUUGGUGCAUGUUGGAUUCUAUUUUAUCAUUAACACAAAUCAGCCACAACAUUAAAACCAGUUACCUGUUUUAAUGCUGUGGCUGAUCGGUCUAUAGUGUUUUUUCUUCACACCCUCCUAUAAGAAAAACAGAUCCUCAAGCUGAUAAUUAGUCAGUGGAUGAAGUAGAAAGACGGAAAGAUUGUUCCAGGCAGCAACAGCAGCAGGGCUCAGGUCUCAAAUCCUCCCAGAAUGAUAGAUUGUUUUACCACACAAGGUAAAACAAGCUAUCAUACCAUCAUAAACAAGGAAACCAUCUUUGAUCCACAGUCCAUGGUAUUUGCAUUGGAGUUUCCAGUACACUCACACACACACACACACACACAGCUGAUUUACAUCAACAGUCCAGCAGCCGUCAGCCUCCUGCUGCUUCCACUGCUGUGGCCACUAUCCCUUUAUCAGCUGCCUACGCAUGCCUGCACUCCCUCACUGUCCUCGCUCCUCUGCUCCCUGAUCACUCCUCACCUAGAGGAUGGGAGGAAGGGACACCACUUUGCCCCCAUCCCCCAAACACACACACACACA